AUGGGCUUGCGUCGAGGAAGAAAUCUCAACAGCAACGCUGCUGACGCUGGCCAUUACGUCGUGGAAGAAAUCUCAACAGCACCACUGCUGACGCUGGCCAUUACGUCGUGGGCUUCGCUUAAGAAACGUAAAUGCGUCUCUAGUGAGAUUGAUGGGUCAAUAAUACAAAACAUGAAGACCCACCAAAUCGCACUUCAACAACCCAUAUCUUAG